GUCCUCGGGUGAGGCCGGGUCCGGGCUCACCCACGACCGAAGAUAAGCUCGACCACUUAGAGCCUGUAUGUUAGCGAGAGGACAUUGCAAUUUGCAAGCAAAUCAUAUCUUUGUCCCCAUGUUAAUAGCCAAGAAUAUCACUUCACUUGUUCCCCGCCACCCCAGUUUAAAAACCAGAAAACCCCAUUUCUCUUCCAACACAAAACAAAUUUGGAUUGAUAAGCUUUUAACACUCAUUACCCACUGUGUAUCUGUAACAACAUUACAGCAACUACAUACACAAUUACUUGUAUCCUCCAUUUAUAAACCCAAUCACUUACUCUCCAAGAUUAUUGAUCUUAAAGAUUUUAACUAUUCUUCUAAGCUCUUCUCUCAAAUCCCACAUCCCAAUGAUUAUUCUUUUAAUGUUAUUAUCCGUGGUUUCACUACUACAUGGAAAAAAUAUGAUCUUUGUUUGUCAUUUUAUUACAAAAUGAAGUCUUUGGGCUUGUUACCUAAUAAUUUUACUUACCCUUUUUUGUUUAUUGCUUGUGGGAAUCUUUUGGUUGUUGAUCAUGGUAGAUUAGGACAUUCUAUGGUUUGGAAACUUGGGUUGGUUGUUGAUGGUCAUGUGAGGCAUUCUUUGAUUACUAUGUAUUCCAAAUGUGGGCAAGUGGGUUGUGCUCGGGAGGUGUUUGAGGAGAUUACUGACAGAGACUUGGUUUCGUGGAAUUCGAUGAUUUCGGGGUAUUCGAAGAUGGGGUUUGCUCGGGAUGCUGUGAGUUUGUUUGGGAGAAUGAGGGAUGAAGGGUUUCAACCUGAUGAAAUGAGUGUUGUUAGUGUUCUUGUAGCUUGCGGUGAUCUGGGAGACUUGAGUUGCGGGAAGUUGAUUGAGGGGUUUGUUACAGAAAGUGAGAUUAAUUUGAAUUCAUAUGUUGGGUCUGCCUUGAUUAACAUGUAUGGCAAGUGUGGGGAUUUGGUUUCAGCCAGGAGUAUCUUUGAUAGGAUGAAGCAGAAAGAUGUGGUAAUCUGGAAUGCCAUGAUCACAGGAUAUGCUCAAAAUGGAAUGUCUAAUGAAGUGAUUUCAUUAUUCAAAAGCAUGAUAGAGGCUGGGGUUUCCACUGAUAGAAUCACACUGAUUGGACUUUUGUCUGCUUGUGCUACAAUAGGCUUACUUGAUGUUGGGAACUGGGUUAAAGCAUAUGCAUCAGAAAUCGGCUUACUGUCUGAUGUAUAUAUUUCUACGGCUCUAAUUGACAUGUAUGCGAAGUGUGGAAGUGUGGAGCAAGCAUGCACAGUGUUUGAAAAUAUGCCCCAGAAAAAUACGGCAUCUUGGAAUGCUAUGAUUUCUGCAUUUGCAUUUCAUGGCAAGGCUCAAAAGGCAUUAGCACUAUUUGAGCGCAUGUGUAAAGAGGAUACAGCUGCAUGCCCAGAUGAUAUCACAUUUGUUGGUGUACUUUCUGCAUGUGUGCAUGCUGGACUGGUUAAUGAAGGGCGUCAAUUUUUUGACUUAAUGGGGUCGUCUUUUGGUUUGGUACCCAGAGUUGAGCACUACUCAUGCAUGGUUGAUCUUUUGGCACGUGCAGGAUUAGUGUAUGAAGCAUGGGACUUUAUUGUUAAGAUGCCUGAAAAACCAGAUGAAAUCACAUUAGGUGCAUUGCUUGGGGCUUGUCAUAAAGUUGGUAAUGCGGAUGUUGGUGAGCGUGUUAUUCAGAUUCUAUUGGAGACAGAGCCAUCGAAUUCGGGAAACUACGUGAUUUCCUCAAAAAUAUAUGCAAAUUCUAAGAGAUGGGAUGAUGCAGCUAAGAUGAGGCUGUUGAUGAGAGAAAGAGCUGUCACAAAAGUACCAGGGUAUAGUUGCAUUGAGAUUUGCACUCGAAUUCAUGAGUUCUACUCUGGUGACUCAUCACACGUUGAUUCGGAAUAUAUUUACCAAGUGCUUGGCAUGCUAUACGAGGAGAUGAAGAUGGAAAGUUGAUUAUAUUUACGAAGUGCUUAGCAUGCUAUACGAGGAUAUGAAGAUGGAAAGUUGCUGUCUGAAGGUUAACCUUGUACAGUGGCAAGGUGUGGAAACACAUAAUAACCAUCUAUUAACAUGCUGGGAGUGCUAUCCAGAUUUGCAGUUCCAUCACAUCACAACAGGCAUCUCUCACUUUUGGGCAUAUGACAACCUGCUACUUCCCAAUGGUUUUUGAAAUGCCAAUGUUUAAAAAAGUUUGCCUCAAUUCCAACCCAGAACCUCUGCCACUCCUAUAUUAAUUAGUCUUUGCCACAUUUAACUAACCUUUUCUGCUGUAGAUGAACCCUCCAAGAGGCGAUGUCAUACCUAAGAGGCUAAGACGUUAGUGGUUUUAAACUUUUCCAGGGAUUCAGUAGUUAUGAUUAACAUAGAUCACGUAGGCCGUCACAUAGCUGGUUGAAAAUGAGUUCUUUGCAAAGCUUCUAAAGUUGUCAUGACCGAACCAUUUUCUAUGUGAUGGUCAAAUUCAAGCGGCAAAGGAAUGUCCAGCAUUUGUGGAAACUGAUUUGCUUAAUGCUUACUCUAAAAUCAAUUGUAACAUCCCAAUUAUUUAAGCAUUGAGAUAAUAUAUAUUCACUUCUCUCCUUUA